GCCCAAGGAAGGGGUCACUCUCGGGAGAUACGUACCUUACUUUACAUUGGCACGUCACGAGCCCGGCCAUUGACCCGGGCUCCAAGGCUGUCUGUCUAGGGCUCCGUCCAAGUAAGCAGCCUGCAGGCCUCUGGCCCGGCCCCGGCACCGGACUAGACAUUUCUCGUCCCUAGGGUGGCUGCCCGUUUCUCCAACAAAAACAACACCAUCACCAUCGCCACACUUGUCCCAGUAGUGUUUUGUCUCCUGCUUGCCAUCUUUCUCUCCUUGAAUCUCGCACCACCCACGGAGAAACCGCCGGUGAUCUCUGCCACCACCACCAGCCUCGACAGCCUCCUCUUACCACCCCUUCUCACACCUGGCACUUCUAGCACUCGAGUAACAACACCAACAACAUGGCCUCCAAACCCGACGUCGCCUUCAUCGGCCUCGGUGCCAUGGGCUUCGGCAUGGCCACCCACCUCGUCAAGCAGGGCUACCCUGUCCACGGCUUCGACGUCUACCCACCGAUCCUCGAGCGCUUCACGGCCGCCGGCGGAAAGGCCGCCACCACGCCCGCCGAGGCCGCCCAGGGCAAGGCCUUCUGCGUCGUCAUGGUCGCAAACUCGAUCCAGACCCAGGCCGCCCUCCUCGACGGGCCCAACGCCGCCGUCCCCGCCCUGCCUCAAGGCGCCACCAUCCUCCUCUGCUCCACCGUCGCCUGCGGCUACGUCCAGAGCCUCGAGAGGCAGCUCGUCGACAUCGGCCGCCCGGACAUCCUCCUCAUCGACGCCCCCGUCUCCGGCGGCGUCAUCCGCGCCACCGACGGCACCCUCUCCAUCAUGGUCGGAGCCUCCGAGGCGGCCCUCGCCAAGGGCAAGUUCCUCCUCGAGGAGAUGUCCGACCCGGCCAAGCUCUACAUUGGCCAGGGCGGCAUCGGCGCCGGCAGCAACCUCAAGAUGGUCCACCAGGUCCUCGCGGCCGUCCACAUCCUCGCGGCCGGCGAGUCCCUCGCCUUUGCCAAGCAGCUCGGGCUCGACCCGGCCUGGACCGCCGAGCGCGUCAUCGCCUCCGACACGGACGCCUUCAUGUUCAGCAACCGCCUCCCGCGCAUCCUCGCCGCCGCCGACCGCACCCUCACCGGGCCCGUCGCCAGCGCCGUCACCAUCAUCCUCAAGGACAACGGCAUCAUCACCAGCGAGGCCGUGCGGCACGGCUUCGCCACACCCAUGACCUCGACCUCCGAGCAGGUCUACUACGACGCCCUGGGCCGCGGCUGGGGCGCCCUCGACGACGGUGUCCUCAUCCAGCUCUACGACGCCGGCCAGGGGAAAGUGGGACCCCUGGUGGCCAGCACCGCCGCCACCACCGACGAGGACAAGCUCAAGCUCGUCCAGGCCCUCCUGCGCGGGAUAUACCUGUGCUCGGCCGCCGAGACCCUCGCCUACGGCAGCUUCCUCGGCAUGGACCUCGACCAGAUCUACGAGCUGUGCGCCAACGCGGCCGGCGGCUCCGCCGUGUUCCGCGACAUCGGCCCCGCCAUGAUCGAGAUCUUGAAGGGUGGGAAGCCCAGUGAGGAUAGUAUUGGGUUGCGGGUCGUCGCGGCGGAGCUGCAGACUGCCGUGCUGGAGGCCCAGAGGCUCAAGAUGCCCGUGUUCCUCGGCGCGCAGGCGCUCAACCUGAUCCGGCUCGCGCUCAACCACGCGCCCAAGAGCGUGGAGAAGCCGCCCCGGGCGCUGCUGUGCAAGGUAUGGUCGGCGUAGGCUUUUCUUCCUCGGGGUGUGUGUGAUGCAUGCGGGUGUUUGUAGUGUGUAUAUAAAUUGGUAGUGGGCAGCGAUGGAUAGAUUAUGUUUUUAUCAAAAAUUCAAAAAAGGGUCUUAGUGCUUGUUCGUUGCGUUAAACACAUAGGCGUCCGGCUAUGCCGUGUAAUUUUGGUCGAUGUUUAGUUGGUGAGACCACUGCAAGG